AUGCUGUGGGGUUGCUUUGCUUCUAGUGGAACAGGUGAGCUCGCCAAAGUAGAUGGAAUCAUGAAAAAAGAAGAUUACUUGAAAAUUCUUCAGAGCAAUCUCCAACCAUCAGUCAGAAAGUUGCAUCUUGGUCGAAGAUGGACCUUCCAACAUGACAAUGAUCCGAAACAUACAGCUAAAAUAGUCUCGCAAUGGCUUAAGAAAAAGAAGAUAAGGGUUUUGGAAUGGCCAUCCCAAAGCCCAGAUCUUAACCCGAUCGAAAACUUGUGGACCGAGUUGAAACGACGAGUUCGUGCCAGACAACCGGCAAAUCUCCAUGACCUUCAUAAAUUUUGCCAGGAAGAGUGGUCAAACAUCCCACCAGAACUCUGUCAAAAACUUGUGAAUGGUUAUCAGAAACGUUUGAUUGCUGUUCAGAAGGCUAAAGGCCACGCAACUAAGUAUUAA